AUGUCGACGAGAUUGGUCGAACAACGUUCCGGUGGGACACUUGUUGUAGUGCCUCUCUCACUUCUCGACAACUGGGGAAUGGAAUUGUGCAAACACCUUUCUGGGGAUUACUUCAACUGGCGUCGUCAUCAUGCACAAAACCGACUGCAAGAUAUGUAUCACUUGAGCACGAGUGACAUCAUCCUCACGACCUAUACGACACUUGCGAAGGAGUGGAAAGCUCAUGUAACAGCCAACGCAAGCCUAAUUUUCUCACAUGAGUGGCAUCGAAUCAUUUUGGACGAAGCACAUGAGAUCAAGGACCUCAAAACAGCAAAAGCCCAAGCCAACGACGAGAUCACCGGCGGCACCUUCAUCUCAGCCCCCAGGAGCAACGUAUCUCUUAACGACGCCGGAAUCUACUACGCCAAGAUUGACGGCAAAAAAAACUUAAGCCCAUGGGCCGUCCGUACUUUUGUUAUCAUUGGGUUACGGCGUAGUUGGGUUGACGCUCACUGCUGCUUCGAGAGCAUAUUUACUUGA